AUGUUCGAAAAUUACGAAGACAACACUGGGGAACAAGUGCCGCGCGCCUGGUCUCAGUUGCAUACUCCUGUACUUGCCAUGACAGUUGCCGGAGCCGGGAACUCGUCUUCGCCUGCAUUGGGCCGGGACGGUGGUGCUUGUUCGCCUGUGCUUGGACAUCCUGGCGUUGGUCCCGAUGGCCCCCAUCAUAACUCCUCUUUGGUUCCCAAUGUGAGUAUGAAACACCGCGAACAAGUCCUUUACAAGCUCAUCAAGCCACAGGCAACCUCGAGAGAUUGUGCCACUCUACCUUCUACGCUGGUUGCAUUCCCAGCACCAACUACCAACAACGUGGUUGAUAACUUCCUGAAUUCCUUCGACCCCUUUGCCUCUCAAGAUGCGCCUUCGUCACGUACUCGUGCCAUGAUGAACCAAUACCUGACACCGGCUGGCAGUAGUCCAGCAUUACCAAAUUUAGUCCACAUCAAGCAAGAGGACAAGGAAGAGGCUGGCACACAACCAAAUUCGUUCCUAAGCAUUAUGCAAGGUCAGCAUUCAAAGUCGGGCUACUUUGUAGCGCCAAUCAAUGAUUUAGAAAGAACACCACUUUUCUCUGGCGAAGCUCAACUUGCAAUGGACAGCAGAGUGACUGAUGUGAGCUAUGAGAAAGUUGAGAAACAGCCGUGGUGUCCUCAAUACGCUCUCUUGGGCAUUCGAGAGAUGACGUACAAUGUCCCAGAUGUCAAUGUCUUUGAAGAGUAUGUCCCGGAGAGAAACCUGAUCUUCAGCAACACGCGGGCGCCGUGGUCGACCCUCGUUUGCGGCUCGGAAGAGGCAGGGACAAGCCAUUCGCUCAUUUGCACGCUGGAGAACUUGCUCUUACCUAAGUCGCCAGCUCAUGUCAACCCAAGAGCAUCGGCUGGUAUGGUCUUCCAUUGCGACGAGUGGACAAGCGACAUUGCUAUUCAGCCUUGUAAAGCAGCUUACCUUUGCUCAAAAGGAGUUUCGGUGCGCAUCUUGGUGUCGCGAAGCAAUUUUCGUGCCAUGCACAAGUUGUACACGACUAUGCCUGGACUUGGACCGGACGUUCCAACACCCACAGUGAUUCCUUUGCAGCUGCAGCAAGAACAACUCAGCCUUUCGAGAAUGAUGACACUCAUGACCGUCACUGAUGAAUCCCCAGGUCUCCAAGAAGUUGUUUAUCGCAUUCUGCGAGAGAUGGCGCUCGAAGAUCAUCAUGGAGGGGGGAUCGAUUAUCUCGAUUUCAAAUCCAGACUGGCUCGUCAAGAGCUUGGUAACAACCAGCGUAGAGCUCUUCAAAAGCGACUGUGGUUAAUUGACGCAUUUGUUGCCGAUUCUAAGCAGUCGCGAGACGGCAAGAUGCUUCUUGAAGAGCUCUUUACACCCGCUCCCGGAACUUUGACCGUCAUUGAUCUGAGUUGCCCUUUCACAAGCGAGAAAGAUGCUUGCGCUCUGUUCAGUGUCUGCUUGUCUGCCUUUGCGGAGAGUCGAGCACAAUGCGGAAGGGUUUUAGCUGUCGACGGUGCUCACAAGUUUCUCAAACAAUCCAUGGAAGCAGGAAAGCUUACUGAUCAGCUUGUGUCGGUAAUGAGCAAGCAGCAGCAGCUCGGCAUCCAUACAAUUGUUACAACCCAAGAGCCGACUCUCGACCGUCGUCUCUUGAAUCUCUUCGAUGUCAAAAUCGUUCAUCGUUUCAACUCACCAGUUGGGACCCGCCUUCUUCAGGACCACCUCACAGGGCCCGCAGUAAGUCCUGAACAAGAUCUGUUCAGGGAUGCUGUCUGCCUACAAACUGAUCAAGCUUUGAUAUUCUGUCCCACCGCUCGAAUCCACCUCCAAGAAAGCACUACCGGGCAACAUGCCGCGCAGCUGAAGACUGGAUUUAUCCGGGUCAAGAUCCGCCCGUCCUUCACAGCUGUCAGUGAGGAUGAGUUCAUGGCAUCAAGCGAACUUGACGAAGGAGAGGUGCUUGAGUACGAACUCGAUUUCGGACCAAUUCGACCGUUGGAUACUUGCACCUCCAACGGAGUCCCGGCUCGCACAGCUGUUCGUGAACACAAUCGACCCACCAGACCUUCCGGUUUGGCACCAGCAUCCCGACAAAUGGUGAACCAUUUGCAACAGGCAGCAGCUCCUCCAGCUGCGCCACCGACGGCUUCACCAGGGCGGCCUCAAGGUCCCUCAACUGUCAGAGCUGCACCUGCUCGAGUCACGAACCGUGAUCAUCUCGUAGCCUGCUUGCGAUCCGAGACCACGAACUUGCUCCGCCAAAAUCCCAAGGCCAUCUCUUUUACCCUUGCUCGCAAUGCUGCCGCAAGAACAGCCGCUGUACACGAAGAAUUCUUUUACCAGGGGAGAUGGCUCAAGCUCAGUAGAGCGAUCAUACACGAUCAAAUUGAUGCUCAUGUCAAAGCCUAUCACAUUCCAAAACCGAAACUCAAUUGAGUAAGAAAGCUGAUUGUGAAACUUGCGUGGCAGAUCUGCUUGCUGUCGGUGUACUUUAUCGAGAACCAAUAUGCCAGAAAGCCUAGAGGAGCUUUUCCAUUGUGAAAAGUCCAUGAUGUCGUCUCUAUGCCCAACCGUGGACGCAGAGCGCACGAAUGUUCGGGCACAGCGUUGUUUAUGUCAAGCGCCGGUCAGGUUCAAUCAUCCCAAAUGCCAGCGAGGCUGGUUUGCCUUAAGUGGUAACUUCGAGCCUGAGAUGGAGGUCCAAGUACCGUGUUAGAUGUCUGGGAACAUUGGUCGAAGUAGAAGAAAUGGAGAUUGAGAU